CGCACUUGUGCCUGCCAGUUGAGUAGUGGGGCAAUCACCCGCAUCCAAACAUCAGGUGCGGAAUGUGGGGGUAACACAGCGACUACGCCUCGCAUCGAUGAGGAUAUCAUGAUUCGCUCGACAUCUGAGCUCGGCAAUCAGCAAGCAUAUGUUCGGCUAGAUAGAGCACUCCCUAGGUCGAUGUACAUGUUUCAUGCAGCCAGUGUCUUGCACAGAUGACACCAACAAUGAAGACCGGCCUCCCUCAUACUGACGCCUUUGUCGAUCUUGCUCUCCUCGACGGCGGCAGCUUUCUGGGGGAUUUGAGCCGCUUGCAUGCUGGUGAAAGCGGCACAUUUCGUAUGUACAACUGGGCGUUCUACAUCUCGCAUCAGGGAAGGCAUAUACUCUGGGAUCUUGGAUUGGAUGAGGACCGAAGUUGUUAUACCCCUUGGGUCAACAAAUUCAUGCUGGACAUCGUCAAUCACGUUGGACCAAGGAGAACCAUCGUUCAGCAGCUGGCGCAAAGAGGCGUCGCUGCGGAAGACGUCGACACUGUUUUAUUCAGUCACGCUCAUUGGGACCACUCGCGGCCUAUCUGCGAUGUGUUUCCGAAUGCAAAGGCGUACUUUGGUCCCGGCACAAGAGCAGCAUGUCAGCCCGGACACAUGAAAGAUCCAAGCCUGCAGUGGGACGGUCGUUUCUUCGACCCGGAGAGUUCGACAGAAAAAUGGGAUGAGCUAUCAGGCGUUUGGAAGCCUUUUGGCCCGUUCGAAAGAGCGCUGGACUACUUUGGAGAUGGCAGUUUCUGGAUCCUCGAUGCACCCGGCCAUAUGCCAGGUAACUUAGCUGCUGCUGCAAGACUGCAAGAUGGCGAGUGGGUGAUACUCGGCAGCGACUGCUGUCAUUCGCGGGAUUUGCUGGACGGCACGCAAGUAAUUGCGGAGUUCCAAGGCCCGGGGGCAGUGAGCAUGUCUUUGCAUACGGACCUUACUUCAGCGAAAGAAACGAUUGCUAAGAUAGGACUGCUAGAAACCAACUUUGGUGCUCAUACAGCACUCGCACACGAUGCUACGUGGCUAAAGAAGAGCACGGACCAGGUGCUCAUGUCGCUGCUGAACGACGAGAUGCGAGUCGCAGCGAAGGAGAAGAUACCGUAUGAUGAGAGACCGUAGAUCGAGUUUAAGAUACGAGGCAGGUUUAGUGUCCGAAGGUUGGAGGCCUGAUGAGCAGGCAACGCGCCGGUGCGAUCAUUACGCGUUUUUCGUGGCGCGAUUGCUAUGGGGCUGUGCGCGGACACGGGAUGCCUCAACAUUACUUUUCUAGAUUUACUUCGUGGAAACAGCAUAGCCUGCAUACUCAG